CACCAACAAAAACGUAUUGUUCAAACCGAUUGUUUGUGUUUUUCAAAACCUUUUGUACUUGAUAAAUGAAAAUCAAUACGAACUGCUAAAAACUUGCGUAAUAAAUAUUCCAACUACCGACACACAUACAAGCGAACAUACGGCUAAGUACCUGUUGGUGUAAUGAUAGUACAAUAACUACGAAAUUCUCAUGAACAUAAGAACAUUUUCAAACGGCAAUUCAUCAGUAGAUAUUGCAUCGCUACAACAAUAAAAUCAGAGCAAAAUAAGAAAACCGGAAAAUCCCAAAACCAAUUCCCUCAAACGCCAAAAUGAAGCCAUUCACACAACUCCUCUAUGCAGCGCUGCAAAUAAUCACAAUCGCCACAUUGGUCACACAUGGUGCACAAAUACCAACAGCAACGAAAGAAGCACUCUUAGAACUGGAUGCCGCCGCCGAAGCGUCCGACUCUUCAGCCACGUCGAAAACGAGCGUUGAACCUACCGUGCGGAUAAAGUGUAUGAGCGGUUCCAUGUUGAUAACCAUCAAAGAUGCACCGUUAAACCAUGAAACCGGUCUCUUUAGUGGCAUGAUUUAUCCAAAGGGACUGUCGAAGAAUUCAACAUGUCUCACUGAGUACAGGGAUCACGAAGGUCCAUUGAGAUAUAAGCUGCCGCUCCGCAGCUGCAAUACGAUGCCACAGGAAACGGACGACGGCGGCAUUGAAUUCUUCAACACCAUUGUCCUGCAACCACAUCUUAAACUCAUCACCGACGCUGGUCGUGGCUACCAUGUUCGUUGCUCAUACAAGAGUCGCGAUGCGGCGACUAGUACGCCUAAGAAGAAGCAUACACUGCGCCGCAAAGCGAAUAGUGGCAAAGAUGCGCAAAAGCCGCAAGCAUAUCGUAGCGCUGAAACGGCAGCUGUGGGGGUGGGUAAUGAUCGACGCGAUUACGGACGUUCACUGGAUAAAUAUCAUGCCAAUGGCGAUGAACUCGAUCAGGAAGAUGUACUCGAUGUUGAUGAGGGUGACGAUGCCGCCACCGAUGAUGAGCAGAGUCUCAACGAAAUACCUAUGCCCGGUUGCCAUAUGAAAAUAUACAAUUCAGAGCAUAAAAUUGCUGAUGAUGUGAAAAUUGGUGAUCCGCUGACGAUUGUCAUCAGUAUUGACAAACAGGAGCUGUAUGGUCUACAUGUGGCCGAUUGUAUUGUACGUGAUGGUUUGGGCUGGGGCGAGCAACGGCUGUUGGGCGAUGAUGGCUGCCCAAUGGACAAUGAAAUUAUGGGCCAAUUCAACUACAGCAGCGAUCAUUUGGCGGCCAAUGUUACCUUCCCUGCACAUAAAUUCCCCUACACCACAUCCGUUUACUAUCAGUGCAAUGUGCAUUUGUGCGCCCUACAAGAUCCCGAGUGCCAAUUGCCUCCUGCGUGCAGCGGCAAACGACCGAAACGACAAACUAACAACGAUAACAAAGACGAAGACGGCCAACCGGCCACCAUCGAAGUCUACUCCGGUCUGUAUGUCAAUGAGAAUGUGGAUGUGUCGGAGAGUGAUGAUGAUACAGUGCUUAAGGAGCGGACACUCGACGAUGCGUUGUGCGUAUCGCAGCGCACCUUUGCCAUUGCCAUAGCAGUCGCCGGUCUCAUAUUGAUGUUGGCCGUCGUUGCUGCCGUACUCUGCAUUAUGGCCCGAAGGAGCACCAAGAGUGUAUCGAAUUCGGGCAGCUCCAUUUACAGUGGUCCCUACACGAAUACAGCGUUUUCGCAUAGCAGUUAAAUGCAGCAAGCACACACAGAAAUACAUGAACGCGCGCUUUUGAGAAGAAAUUUUUUUUUAUUAAAAACAAAAUAAAUUACACGAUUUUUUUAUAUUUUUUUUAUA